AUGACAUUUCAGCCGACCACGCUCCCAAGCACAGACGUCCCUCCCGCAUCCCUUAGACGAGAUGACGUUGCAAGAGAAAUCCCCGAGCUUCUGCCAUUAUAUGACCAGUUCCCUCAUAUCAUCUACACCAAAUCAGAUCCAGUGUACGAGACAAUAAGCUCUGCAUUCAACCUGUCAAUCUCCACUCUGCCACUCGUCGUUGUUCGUCCCCUCGAAGAAAGCCAUGUCCAAGCCACAGUCAAGAUAGCCCGGGCCACGGGCAUACCGCUAGGCAUCCGCUCAGGAGGCUCCGAAAUGUCGGCGCGAAAUUACCGAGAUGUUGACAAGGGCAUCAUCAUCGACAUGCGCAGCAUGUGCUCUGUCAAGGUAUCUCAUGACAGGGCAUCUGCGAACAUUGGCGGAGGCACCAUUGGAGGUGACUUAGCUGUCGCGCUCUCAAAACAAGGACUGUUCACACCCAUCGGAUGGCAUCCCAGACUUGGCUAUGCUGGAUGGUCUCUGGCGGGAGGCUACGGUCUCUAUUCCUCGUCAUACGGCCUUGGCGUCGAUCACAUCAUGGGCGUUCGUCUUGUCCUCGCUGAUGGAAGCGUGGUCGACAUCGAUAAGAGUAACCACCCUGAUUUGUUCUGGGCGCUGAGGGGAGCCGGAAAUGGUAUAUGGGGUGUUGUCACGCAGCUCACCAUCAAGAUCUAUCCGGCACCGAAACUUCUGGUCGGCACACUAGAGAUACAAAAGGAAAACUGGCCGGCGGUCUUGGAUCGAUGGGCCAACGAUAUCGAGCCAAAUCUUCCAGACGAGAUAGCAGGCGAACUCUACUUUCGGAAUCCGACGUUGGACAAGCCGCAAAUGAUCAUCUUCUUUGCCUGGUGCGCAAAGGAAGGCGAUGAUCUCAAGAAGGGUUGGGAGUACUUUGAGAUGAUGAAGUCGUUGCCCGGAGCAGUUGUGCAGCGGAUUUCAGAGUCCGACUUUGCCUCCUACAUUCUGUCAGAGAUGACCAUCCAGCCAGCAUCUUUCCAAACCCGCGGAGUCAUCGCCAAAGGCAUGACUAACAAGAUCGCGCAAGUCAUCAUCAACAACUGGAAAGAUCCGAGCUUUUACAUGGGCUUUCCCUGCCAUUUCAUCCACGGAAAGGCCACCAAGCCAGAUCCGACGGCCUGUUUCCCGCUCCGGUACCGUCACAGAAUCUUUCCCAUUUCUGCUCGUCACGCGGAGCUGCCGAGGACACCGGAGAGAGAUGCGCUCGUGGCGGAAGCGUGUGCGCGCGUGUUGGAGGAGCUCAAGGCCACGGGCGAUUGCUAUGUCGGUGCCGCCUAUGAGAACUUGAUUCCGCCGAUUGAUACCGACUUGGAAGCUACGUUUGGCAAAGAGACGCUGGAGAAGCUGAGGGCAUUGAAGAAGAAGUAUGAUCCCGACAAUUUCUUCUCCAGAGGGUAUCCAGUGCUGUAG